GUGCCAGCGCUGGGCUCGGCGGUGUCCCGGUCCCAAGGCACGCAGGCGAGGCAUUCCUGUGGGGAUGGGCGUGCGGCGCUGCCGGUGGGCUGGCCACAUCCCCCGGGCGGGCAGCCCCUAUAUCAGCCGGGCUCCCCGGGCAGCGCCGGCACUGCGACCGUGACGGCCCCCGGCAGCCAUGGAUGACAUUUAUAAGGCAGCGGUUGAGCAGCUGACAGAAGAGCAAAAAAAUGAGUUCAAGGCUGCCUUUGACAUCUUUGUGCUGGGGGCAGAAGAUGGCUGCAUCAGCACCAAGGAGCUGGGGAAGGUGAUGCGGAUGCUGGGGCAGAACCCCACUCCCGAGGAGCUGCAGGAGAUGAUAGAUGAGGUGGAUGAGGAUGGCAGCGGCACUGUAGACUUUGAUGAGUUCCUUGUCAUGAUGGUCCGGUGUAUGAAGGAUGACAGCAAAGGAAAAACCGAGGAGGAACUCUCAGAUCUCUUCAGGAUGUUCGAUAAAAACGCUGAUGGCUACAUCGACCUCGAGGAGCUUAAGAUCAUGCUGCAGGCGACAGGGGAGACCAUCACAGAGGAUGACAUAGAAGAACUGAUGAAAGAUGGGGAUAAAAACAACGAUGGCAGGAUUGACUAUGAUGAGUUCCUGGAGUUUAUGAAGGGAGUUGAAUAAAUCUGAGGCCAGAUCAACCACCUGAAUCUUCUGAACUCCUCCAGUUCUCCAUCUCACCUCCUUGGUUAAGUCCCCCGGCUACCAGCAUGAAGACUGAGAGCUGAAAAAGGUGGCUGCUGGGGAAAUAAAACAUGUUAAUACUGUG